CGGGAAGUUGGUGGUUAGAUGACGUUUGUAGUCGCUUUCCCACUCAGCAAAACAGCUGCUGCGAGUUAAAGAAGUGUUUCAAAUUCAUUGGGCUGAUUUCACUGAAGCCUUGUGGUUCAAAGCAAGCGGUAACUGGAAGAGGGUUUUUUGGGGGAAACCCCACAACAUUGGAUAAGCCUGAUUCAUCGAGCCUAACAAGUUGACUGCUCUUUAAUCGCAAAAAUGGUUUUAGCUGAUCUGGGGAGGAAAAUAACCUCUGCUUUGAGGUCUCUCAGCAAUGCCACUAUCAUCAACGAGGAGGUUUUAAAUGCUAUGCUUAAAGAGGUCUGUGCUGCCCUGCUGGAAGCUGAUGUAAAUAUCAAGUUGGUAAAGCAGCUUAGGGAGAAUGUCAAGGCAGCAAUUGACCUGGAGGAGAUGGCCUCAGGGCUUAACAAGAGAAGAAUGAUCCAGCAUUCAGUUUUCAAAGAGCUUGUUAAGCUGGUGGAUCCUGGAGUGAAAGCCUGGACUCCCACAAAGGGCAAGAACAAUGUUAUCAUGUUUGUUGGACUUCAGGGCAGUGGGAAAACCACAACAUGUUCUAAGUUGGCAUUCUACUACCAGAGAAAAGGAUGGAAAACAUGUUUGAUUUGUGCAGACACAUUCAGAGCAGGUGCCUUUGACCAACUCAAGCAAAAUGCAACAAAAGCCAGAAUACCCUUUUAUGGGAGUUACACAGAAAUGGAUCCAGUGAUCAUCGCUGCAGAGGGUGUGGAAAAAUUCAAGUCAGAUAACUUUGAAAUAAUCAUAGUUGACACUAGUGGUAGACACAAACAGGAAGACUCACUCUUUGAAGAAAUGCUUCAGGUGUCAAAUGCUGUGCAACCAGACAACAUAGUGUAUGUGAUGGAUGCUUCCAUCGGUCAGGCUUGUGAGGCUCAGGCAAAGGCCUUUAAGGACAAGGUAGAUGUGGCUUCUGUGAUUGUCACCAAACUGGACGGCCAUGCCAAGGGCGGUGGAGCACUCAGCGCUGUGGCUGCAACAAAGAGUCCCAUCAUUUUUAUCGGUACUGGUGAACACAUUGAUGACUUUGAACCUUUCAAGACUCAGCCCUUCAUAAGCAAACUGCUUGGCAUGGGCGACAUUGAGGGAUUGAUUGACAAAGUGAACGAAUUAAAACUUGAUGAUAAUGAGGAGCUAAUUGACAAGCUCAAACAUGGUCAGUUCACACUCAGAGAUAUGUAUGAACAGUUUCAAAACAUCAUGAAGAUGGGACCUUUUGGUCAGAUCAUGGGCAUGAUCCCAGGCUUUGGAACAGAUUUCAUGAGCAAAGGCAAUGAGCAGGAGUCUAUGGCCAGACUAAAGAAACUCAUGACAAUAAUGGAUAGUAUGAAUGAUCAGGAACUCGACAACAAAGAUGGUGCUAAGCUCUUCAGUAAGCAACCUAACCGCAUCCAGCGUGUGGCCCGUGGAUCCGGAGUGGCUACUAGAGAUGUACAGGAGUUACUCACCCAGUACACAAAGUUUGCCCAGAUGGUCAAGAAGAUGGGAGGCAUUAAAGGCUUGUUUAAAGGAGGGGACAUGUCCAAGAAUGUCAACCCAUCACAGAUGGCGAAAUUGAACCAGCAGAUGGCUAAAAUGAUGGAUCCCAGAGUGCUUCACCACAUGGGUGGCAUGGCCGGACUUCAGUCCAUGAUGAGACAGUUUCAGCAGGGAGCUGCUGGCAACAUGAAAGGAAUGAUGGGAUUUAACAACAUGUAAACCUCUGAGCCUGCAAACAGAGGAUACAAAACUAUCUGAUGGUUUUAGCAAACAAAACCUGGGCAUAUGAAAAUGGGUUGAAUAAUAUGUCUUGCCACAUACGAAGUAAUUUCAUUUAAUUCUUUAAAAGUUGUAAAACAUUAAAGGCUCAUUUACAUGUAAAGCCCAGUGUUUCUGAAGCAGAAUUUACAAUGGAGACUGUAAGGAGAAAUUUGCUUCCUGAGAUCAAUGUGAUGUUUAAAAUGUCUUGUGAUGUCAGAGAGUGUUCUGCUUGGCAACUAUACACCUUGACAUCUGAGUACUUCCCUGUAUUGCCGGGUAUAUUGGCAACUGACAUCUUUCACCAUUUCUAAACUGGAAAUAAAGAUUGGAAUAAAAAUAUAAAGGAUAAAGAAUAAAGAUUGAAUGAUUUUACAAUAAUUAUGAUGAUCUUAAUAGCACAAGAUCUUCAUAUUUAGAAAUUGUUAUUAUUGUAUAAUUGUCUGUUUUUGAUUUAUUUUUGUUUGCCAAAGUGCUGGCUUUGUAUCCAAGAUAAAUACAGUAGCUGCAAAGUAGUGUGUGGCAAUAUUUUGUCAUAAUGUUAUAAUAAAAUUUAUAUGGCAACAUUUUAACAACACUUGUAUUUUAUUAU